AUGAACGGCUGUCUGAGACGAGCCAAAGAGUGUAUAUACUGGCCCGGCAUGGAUGCGGAGAUACGAGAGUAUGUAUCUAGAUGUUCUACUUGCAGAAGCGUUGAUGUAAAGCAGCUCAAGGAGUCUUUGAUUAGUCACACUUUUCCUCUAAGACCAUGGGCAAAAGUUGGGACUGAUAUUUUUCAUUUUCAAGAUUAUGAGUACCUGAUGACUGUGGACUAUUAUAGUUCUUUUGUGGAAGACGAUUGCCUGGAAAACGUCACUUCAAAAGAAGUCAUCAAAUGCUUGAAGAGACACUUCUCACGGAAUUCGCUGAGUUUUCCAGGAAUUGGUCGUUUCAACAUACCGUCACAAGCCCAUACUUUUCCCAAUCCAAUGAUUAUAGAAAUACUCCAACUGAAUGAAGGUUUACAAUCAAGCCCUUUGCAGAGACUAACGGGAAGACGAACGAAAACGAGAUUACCAACCACAACAAGUUUGUUGAGACCUGAAAUUCAUGAUGAAUCGGAAGCUAUUAGACGACAAAAGCUAAAACAAGCACAUUACUAUAACCAGGGGAGCAAGGAUUUGCAACAAUUGAAGCCGACACAGAUAGUGAGAAUACAACCAUCUGGACAACACAAGACAUGGAGAAAAGCAAUGGUGACUAAGCAAGUGGGAAUAAGAUCGUACGAAGUUGAAACAGAGGGUGGAACUUAUUUACGACGAAAUAGAAGACAACUACGAGCUACGACUGAAGAUCACAACACCAGCACAGCUGAUCCACCAGUAACACGAAAACAAUCAGAUGCAGUGACCAAAUCUAUUCCAACUACCGAGUCUAUCAUUGCACAACCAAAACCACAAUUACAGCAGAAGCCUACCACCACCAGGAGCGGAAGAACAGCCAGACCUCCUAAGUAUUUGAAGGAUUAUGUAACAAAGUAA